GUCAAUUUUGACGUUCCUUGGUUCCGCUCGCCUUGGCAACGCCAUCCUAUACAUCAUUUCCACCGGAUUUCCUGAUCUAGUUCGAGAAAGCUUGGUAGCGAUGCACAAAAGCCGUUAUGCCGUAUUGCCUUCACUAUUAUAGCUGUGAUCCUCGGAUAUCCUCCCGGUAUUAUCCUCCAGGACUAAAUGUGACGUUUUUGUCGCUCGACCCGGCAUCCGGACGCUCGCUCCUUCGAGGCUCAGGUUAUUGGCGGCGAUACGGGCGUGAAGUGGAACUAUUGUGGCCUUCUUAUUGUCGUCACUGCUAUUCAUCUGCUCGCUUAUUCAGCACGUGCCGCCGUCCACUUCCUAGCUAUAAAACAGCCGGGCUGGUCAGAGCUAAACUACACCAUCUCUUCUACACCACACACCACAUCAGCAGUCUUCAACAAACCUCCUGCGCUCGGCUUGCCAGUUCCUGGAAGUCUCCAGACACUCACCUAGUAUGGAAGAUCUUUCGUCUCAAGCACUCUGAUUUGCAGCACACUGACAGAAGCUUUGAAGAUCUUGCUCUGAGCCGUACCACAUCAACAACACCUUUGCCAUCAGCUCGGAAGACACUGAGUGUCCUCGACUAGCCCUCCGGUACGUCAAGAUCUCGUCUGCUUCGCUCCGGUUCUCACUGUACUGACAAAAAUUCUCAAGAUCUGCUCGAAAUCCAGCUCCUCAACCAACAACACUCACAUCACCACCCGAAUCAAAGGUACAUAAUCCAUGCAGUGUCCAGCUCAUCACUUCAUUGAAGCCACCU